AUGCCUGCGCCGACCGCGUUGAAGCAGGCGGAGGAUGCCCCGCUCGCUCUCGAUGUUCCGCUUCCAGUUGAAGGUAACGACGAGGAGUUCCUAUUAGAUGCGCCCGACGCUCUACCUAUCGAUGCGGAUGUUCUCGUGCCCGUAGAGGAGAGCAACGAGAAUGGAAUGGCUAUCGAUGAAGAGGGACGACCUCGAUUUGCGCCUGCUAGAGACAUCGACCCCGUCACCAGGGUCGAAACCCGCAAAAUUCCCAUUCCUCCUCACCGAAUGACACCUCUAAAACAGUCAUGGACAUCCAUCUACCCUCCUCUCGUUGAGCAUCUUAAGCUCCAAUGCCGAAUGAACAUCAAGCGAAAGACAAUCGAGUUGAGGUCAUCGAAGCACACCACCGAUACUGGAGCACUGCAGAAGGGAGAAGAUUUCGUCAAGGCUUUCACUCUGGGUUUCGAUGUGGACGAUGCUAUUGCGUUGCUCCGACUUGACGACCUUUACAUCCAGACCUUUGAGAUCAAGGAUGUGCGAACAAUGCACGGCGACAGCCAGGCCCGUGCUAUUGGACGAAUUGCUGGAAAGGACGGAAAGACAAAGUUCGCCAUCGAGAACGCCAGCAGAACCCGAAUCGUGUUGGCCGACUCCAAGAUUCAUAUCUUGGGAGGAUUCAAGAACAUUCACCUUGCUCGAGAGUCAGUUGUGAGUCUGAUUCUCGGAAAGCCGCCUGGCAAGGUGUACGGCAACCUCCGAACGGUUGCGGCGAGAAUGAAGGAGCGCUUCUAA